CAACACAAAUUUACAAACAUGGUGAACAUAACUGAUAGCGGUGGCAAACAUCCACCCCAAGAAAUGGAACAAUUUUUGCCCGGCGAUGGCUUGGCCGGAAACACAAAGUAUAAAAUCCAACCACGCAAAGAUGCUGAACAGGCUGCUUUAAAUCAAACAGAUUAUGAUCCAUUUGCUGAACGACGAAAUGAACAUCCCACAACGGACAGUGAAACAUUGACGCAUUUGCUGAAAGCCUCCUUGGGUACUGGUAUUUUAUCCAUGCCCAUUGCUUUCAUGUAUUCUGGUAUUAUCAUGGGUAUUUUUGCAACGAUAAUAACUGCCUUCAUUUGUACACACUGCAGUUAUAUAUUGGUAAAAUGUGGCCACAAACUGUAUUACAAAACACGCCGUUCACAAAUGAGUUUUGCCGAAAUUGCUGAAGUUUCAUUUCAAAAUGGUCCCAAAUGGUGUCGUGGUUUUGCACCGGUAGCUAAAUUUUCCAUUUUAUUUGGAUUGUUCCUAACCUACUUUGGUACUUGCUCGGUGUACACUGUAAUUGUGGCCAAGAAUUUCGAACAGGUCUUAAAUCACUGGACCGGAACUGAAGUUUCUCUACGCAUGCUUAUCUCUUGUCUGCUCAUACCAUUGAUUUUGCUCUCAUGGAUUCCCAAUUUGAAAUAUUUGGCACCCGUUUCAAUGAUUGCCAAUGUUUUUAUGGGCUUGGGUUUGGGCAUCACCUUCUAUUAUUUGGUACAAGAACUACCCUCAAUUGAAACACGCAAUUAUUUCCAAAUGUCAACACUGCCGGCAUUCUUCUCGAUUACCAUUUUCGCCAUGGAGGCUAUUGGUGUCGUUAUGCCCCUGGAGAAUAAUAUGGAAAAUCCUCGCCAUUUCUUGGGCAUUUGUGGUGUUCUCAGCCAGGGUAUGUCUGGUGUCACCUUGAUCUAUAUGUUUUUGGGUUUCUUGGGCUAUUUGCGUUAUGGUGAAGGUACCGAAGAAAGUAUUACCUUGAAUUUGCCCGUUCAUGAAUGGCCUGCCCAAGCUGUAAAGGUAUUGAUUGCUUUGGCUGUAUUCUGUACAUUUGGUCUGCAAUUCUAUGUCUGUUUGGAAAUCGUAUGGGAUAGUAUUAAGGAAAAAUGUACCAAACGUCCUCUGUUAGUUAAUUAUGUUAUAAGAACUGUUUUGGUAACUGCUGCUGUUGUUUUGGCUGUGUCUGUGCCUACGAUAGCUCCAUUUAUGGGUCUCAUUGGUGCCUUCUGCUUCUCCAUUCUGGGUCUGAUAUUCCCUGUCUUCAUUGAAAUGGUUACACAUUGGGAUACUGGAUUCGGUGCAUACAACUGGAUUGUAUGGAAAAAUAUUGUCAUAUUUUUGUGUGGCAUUGCUGCUCUAAUAUUCGGUUCGAAUAGUGCCAUUGCUGAUAUUAUGAAAUUAUAUUCAGAUGAUUCGAGUGUGACACCAGUUGCUGGUGGUAUCUCAUAAAAAACCUCA